UAAAUGAGAGGCCCAUUGGUCGACACCCCACCAAUCCCGAAGAUGGUACAUAUCUGUGCCCCAACAACAUGCUGCUAGGACGUGCUACUGCCAGGGUACCAAGCGGACCUUGGAGAGAGACCAACAAUCCCCGCCAUCGUGUUGAGUUCAUCCAGAACAUCAUCAAGUCCUUCUGGAUCAAGUGGACCAGGGACUACUUCCCAUCGCUGAUCGUCAGGCAGAAGUGGCACCACGAGAAGAGGAACAUGCAGAAGGGAGACGUGGUGCUGAUCCAAGAUUCCAAUGCUGUUCGUGGCAACUGGCGCAUGGGGCUGAUAGAUGAGGUGUAUCCUGAUGAGGCGGGCAAUGUGAGAAACGUCCAGGUGAAGCUCAAGAACGUGGACAAGUCCGAUCCGAGCCGAAGACCCAACUACACUCUCAUCCGACGAGCCGUUCAGAGGCUGAUAGUCUUGGUUCCCAGGGAGCAUGUAGAGGAUUAAGCGGGACAUGAUGUACUGAGACUUUUGGUGGGCGGAGUGUAAGAUUUAAAGUUAAACUUAGAUUUCUUGUUAAAGCAUCUUAGAACAUUUUAACAUCUUAGACCAUUAUUUGUGCAUAGCGCCCUCUAUUGUUUUAUUUGCUUUAGUAUGGUGCCUGGCCCACACAUACUCUUAUAUAUAGAUCUCUUGUGGUCGGGAAACCAGACCAUUCUUGCCACAUCACAAGCACUAAUUUUCCAUGUGACUUUAGAACAAAGGAAGAGAGCAUGUAAAUAGUUUUCCUUUGAUUUGUUGAGAAUAAGUGAAGACCAGUAUUGAAUUGCAGAUAUUUAUAGGGAGAAUUAUAUGAACCUAGAGACUGCAUAUUCUUCUGUAACACAUCUGAUUGAUCAAUAGCCAAAGAUUCCUGUGAUUUUCUUCUAUCGGACGCAAAACAGUAUUUCGAACCCAACUGAACCAGAAUAAAGGAGUUUGAAGCCGUUUAUUAGUUCGUUUUUUGACACAGGCAUUUCUUCACAACAUCUCUUCACCCAGUAGCCAGUCUAGACCAGUGACAGUUCAUCAU